CGAGCAGCGCUGCUCCUACGUCACAUCCGUUUCAAACAACAGCGCGCGGGUAUGUCUGUCCAGAGCGAUGCAAAAACUUAACUAACGUUGUCUCCCUCAUUUGUUUGGUUUAUAAACGGCGAAGCUUAGCGAAACAAAACGCCUGAGUGGAACGUAAUACUCCUGAGAUGAAGAUACAGCUAAUACUUUAUGGAAGCGAUUUCUUAUAGUGUGGAUUGUGUCUCUCGGACAGCUGCCCUGAGCCUCCGGUGACUGACGUCAUCAUGUCCCAGAGCAACACUUCUCUCCUGGACGAGGUGAUGCAGUGGAGUCAGGAAACCUGCCGCCAGGAGCUCAAGUCUGUCCUGCCGAAACUCACCUCUUUGCAUAACAACUCUGAAAAUUGGGAUGAUCAUAUACGUGUACUGAAGGUCAUUACAGACAUGUUCCUCCCUCAUAUGGGUUUGUCUGAGCUGGAAGAUGGGUGCUUCUCCAAGAUCUUACCAAAGGUGGUGACCAUGUUUGAAGGCAUGAUCAAAGAAAUCUUGGACCAAGUCGGAGGGCUGUCCAGUCAAAACACUGAACUGUGUGCCUUUCUAAGAAACAUUCUGCAGGCAAUGAUGCAGAUAAUUGAUGCUCUAUCCACUUGUGUGCGUCACGUGUGCACAUUUGAGGAAGCCCCUGACCUGGAUGCCAUCCGCUCCUUACCGACUUGUAUCCUGAAAGUCCUGACGGAAACCUUCAACCACUGCAAGGAGAGUGAGAUGGUUUACUGUGGCCGUCUGUCCCUGGUAGCUGACCUGCUGCAGGGACUCUUCAAGGAGGCUUACUCCCUCCAGAAGGCUCUGCUGGAGCUGCUGGACAGGAUUCCCCUGGACAGCAGUGCCUCAGAGGAAGCUGUCUCUGACACUGUAACAGUGAUUCACAACCUGUUGGAUAUCUGCUCUAUUAUCUCCAACCUGGACAUUGCACUUCAUGCCAACACAUGGAAAUUCCUCAUCAAGCACAGCCUGAAGUACCAAUCAUUGGUGGAGGAACAUCUACAUCACGGGGACAUCAGCAACAGCCUGUGUGAGAACCUGUUGGUCUCCUUCAACAACUGCGUGGAGCUGGCUGAACAGAUUAAACAUGCCGGCCUGCAGGAGUCAACACAAAGCCCAGAAUACAAGCUCUUCCAGAAAACUGCAAAGAUGUGUCGAUUUUUUGCCAACACGUUGGUUCAUUACAUAAAGGAGUUCAAGUUUUUUCUGACCAAGUAUUGUAACUGCUAUCACCGUCUUUACCUUCACAUAAUCAGCAAGUUCCCUCCCAGCUUGUCCGCUCCAACGCUGCCCUCCGCUCUGUCCGAGGAGCUGAGUGCAGCCGCUCUGGUUCCCAUGGGUGCCCUGUUGCUCCAGCUGUUAGCCGUACGGCCCUUCGCCGAAUUCGUCCUCCAGAACGACCUGCGGCUGAGUCCCGAGCACGAGCUGCCUCAGUGCCUGCUGCUGCUGAGCGUCCUGGGUCAGAUCCACUCCCAACCAGAGGAGGUGCUGCAGCUGUGGCACACGGGCAGCCAGUUCUCAGAGGAAGAGCCCAGGCUCCCUCUCUACCAGGCGUUGUUCACUAGUUUCCGCCGAUGCUGUGCUGAGCGGCGGGUGCCUGUGCUGUUGCCCGGGGUGAUGAUGAAGGGCCAGGCCCAGGUCCUGGUCACGCUACACAGCAACAUCUGUGUGCAACUGUGUGCCAGCGUGGCUGCGCUUCCCCCGGUGUUUGUCCCCGUGCUGGAGCGUUGUUUGCUCAACACGGUCCUGCAGAGCGAUACCCAGACAGCUCUACUGGCUACCGACGUGUGGUGCUUCACAGCGCGGUACGGAACAGCCGAACUUUGCCUGCAUCAUGUCCUCCUGGUUGCUCAGCUGGUGAAAUGUUGCCCCGCUGAGUGUUACCAGUCGUCCCAACUAGGCCUGCUGCUCAGACGCAUGGUGUUCCUCAUGACGCCGGACCACCAGACGGAGCUGGUGGAGCGCUUCCCGCCGUCCGAGGUGGGAAACCUUCCAGUUUGGCGCCACGUCCUCCUCCGAGCUCUCUCACAGGAGGCGCGUCGGCGCGUGGAGGCCGACAUCACGGACCUCACUGAAAAAGCUCUGAGCGACUGGCGGAGCGGCGGAUACAAACUAGGACAAGUGGAGAAAGUGAACAAGGUGCUGUUUGCCCUCCUUGCGGUGGUGCGGGUGCAAUCGUCCCCUGAGGAGCCGUGUGUGUUGUCUGCAACGGGAGUAAUCACACAGCUGUGGUUACGAAUGAGUCCAGACCAGGUGCAGACUCACCCUGUGCUCCAGUGGACUCUGCAGCUGCUUCUGUCAAUUACAGCCAUUUUAGUGAAAAGCCUUGACCCACAAGUCAUUUAUCAGGCUCUGUUGUGUGUGGAUAAAGUGGUGUCUCAGAAGUGUGCCGAUCAGCUUCUGCUGGCUGCUCUGGAGUUCCUCUCCUCCCUGGGGAAGAUCUUUUUCCCUCCUGACAGCCAGAAUCCAAUUCUUCCCAAGCUGAGCAGCCUGUUUGCUGUCCUGUUGGCGGACGGAGUGUGGCUGCUGCAGCAGCACGCCCUGGAGGCCUUUUCUCAGUUUGCAGAGAUAACAAACCAUGAAGAGGUCAUUUCUCAAAGUUUGAGUGUAGAAGAAACCAAGACGAAGGUGGUUAACUAUCUGAGCAAGACCGUCAAUGCACAAGAGGAUGUAGAGUCAAGGCUGCAGAGGCUCAAGCUGGAGACGGCAGUGAUCGAAGAACACAAUGAGAGGCUGGAACUGAACAAAGAAAACGCUUCCAGCAAACAGACAGCUGAAGCUGUUCCAGAUUUAGAGCCGUGCCCAAAGAGAGCUCGCCAGGAGGCCGGCGCCGAGGAGCCGUACAGCCGCUACAUCCAGACGGCUGAGAGUGCUCUGAAAGCCCUGCAGGCGCUGAUCGCCGAAGGCACGCCCGACAUUGUAGCUCCGCCUCCACGAUGGCUGGAACCCAAACUCCAGGAGCUCCGGACCCUCAUAACCCACAUCAGUACAGCCGGCGCCGCGACCUAGCCUUCAUUUGUAGAACGGGCCCGAGGAGUCUGUACGCCCUGAUGCUGCUGACCACUUUUUAAACCUUUACAUGGGCUGUUUUCAUUGAUAUUGUUUAUUAAACGUGUUUGAAUACGA